AUGGCAUCCGAAGCCUCCAAGGACCUUCCUGUGCGACCUGCCGCCGAAGCGCAGGCCAACAACGCUUCUGAAGCCGCCGCUGCCCCGCAGAAAGAUGCGAAUGCGAAAACCAAGCAGGCCCCGAGCCCCGAUGUCCUCCCAGAGGUCAUGAUCGAGCGCAACAACCUCUUUGAAGAACUCUGGCAACAACACCUUGAGGAUACCAAGACCCGCCCUCACCCCGAGAUCAGCAUCACGCUCGACAUUGGCGAUGGCAAUGCCCCGAAGCCGGUCCCCGCAAAAGCCUACGAGACCACCCCCGGUUCCUUCUUGCGCGACGUCCCCAAGGAUCUGAGUGCCAACAUUGUUAUUGCCAAGGUUGAUGGAGAACUUUGGGAUCUCAACCGUCCGCUGGAGAAGGAUUGCGAGGUUGCCCUGCUGCCCUUCAGCAACCCCGAAGCCCGCGAGGUCUUCUGGCACUCCAGUGCUCAUUGCUUGGGAGAAGCAUGUGAGUGUGAAUAUGGAUGUCUUCUCUCUCACGGUCCCCCUACUGCUCAGGGCUUCUUCUACGACAUGGCCAUGCCUGAUGGACGUGUUGUUCGAGAGAGUGACUGGAAGGCGCUUGACACUAAGGCGUCGCGCAUCUUCAAGGAGAAGCAAAGCUUCGACCGAUUGGAGGUUUCCAAGGAGAACCUCAAGAAGAUGUUCGCCUACAGCAAAUACAAGCUUCACUACAUUGACAAGCUUGUGACUGGAGAGAGCAGCACUGUCUACCGCUGUGGUACCCUGGUCGAUCUGUGCCGAGGCCCUCACAUCCAGAACACCGGAAAGAUAAAGACGUUCAAGAUCAUGCAGAACUCCUCUGCCUAUUUCCUUGGUGACCAAACCAACGAUUCUCUCCAGCGUAUUCGUGGUGUUGCUUUCCCUGACAAGAAGCUGAUGGCCGAGCACCUCAAGUUCUUGGAAGAGGCGGAGAAGCGCAACCAUCUGAGAAUUGGAAAGGAACAAGAACUCUUCUUCUUUGAUGAGAUGUCUCCAGGAUCCCCCUUCCUUCUCCCCAACGGAGUGAAGAUUUUCAACCAAAUCCAGUCUCUCCUGCGCACUGAAUAUCGCAAGCGUGGUUACCAAGAGGUUCAGACCCCUAACAUGUUCGAUGUUAACCUCUGGAAGACUUCCGGCCACUGGCAACAUUACAAGGACGACAUGUUCGCGCUCGCAAAAGAUAAAGACGCCGAACCCAGUGUCAAGCCAACCGAUAAGAACGCUGCUCAGGUCGCCGCCGCGGAAAAGCAGUUCGCCCUCAAACCCAUGAACUGUCCCGGCCACUUCCUUCUCUUCAACCACAGAGAACGUAGUUACCGAGAGCUUCCUAUGCGUCUCGCCGACUUUGGUGUUCUUCACCGCAAUGAAGCCUCUGGGGCACUCAGUGGCCUGACGAGAGUAAGACGCUUCCAGCAGGACGACAGUCAUAUCAUAGUUACCCCGGACCAGAUCAUGUCUGAAGUGGAGGGUCUGUUCGAUUUCCUGCGGUCCAUUUACGGACUGUUUGGCUUCACCUUCAAGUUGAAGCUUUCCACUCGCCCCGAGAAGUACAUGGGCUCUUUGGAUACCUGGGACCACGCCGAGGAUCAACUCAAGAAAGCAUUGACCAAGUUCAUGGGCAACGACUGGAUUAUUGAUGAAGGAGAUGGAGCCUUCUAUGGCCCGAAGAUCGACAUCACCAUUGCGGAUGCACUCAAGCGUGAAUUCCAGUGUGCCACUAUUCAGCUCGAUUACCAAGCUCCUAUCAACUUCAAGAUGGAGUACAUGACCAACGAGCAGCAAGCUACUCAGGAUAAGCCCAAGGAGGGAGAGCCUAAGGGCGACGAGCCCGGCCCCGGCCGUGCUCGCCCCGUCGUCAUCCAUCGUGCCAUCAUCGGCAGUUUCGAGCGAUUCCUGGGUAUCUUGAUCGAGCACUUCGGUGGCAAGUGGCCAUUCUGGCUCAGCCCGCGCCAGAUCCUUAUUGUUCCCGUCAUGCCGGCCGUGAACGACUACGUUGAGGAACUGCAGCAAUUGCUGCGUGGAGAUAAGCUCAACGUUGACAUUGACAUCAGCGGUAACACCAUGCAGAAGAAGAUUCGCACUGGUCAGCUGGCUCAGUACAACUUCAUCUUUGUCGUUGGUGCAUCUGAGAAGGAAUCCCGCACUGUCAACAUUCGCAACCGUGAUGACCCCGCCAGCCAAAAGCAGGGCACCAUGGUCUCCGUUGAGGAUGUGCGUGUCCAGCUUAAGGCACUGCGCAAGGAGCGCCGUAUGGAGAACGCCUUGUAG